CAAGGACCGCGGUGUGACGGUGGUGUCUUGGCGGAGCGCGACCCAGUGCGGCUCAGCCCUCGCGUCAAGACACACGCUCGAACAAAUCAACUAGUACCAUAACACUCGCAUCCUACAUCGUUCAGCAAGGACGGCGCUAGUCGAAGACUAACGGAUGUCAUGUUGACCGCACGAACAUCUACAUGAGGCAGCCCAAGUCAAAUAAUUACAAGAAUGCAGCGCGUGCUAGCCCUGACGGCGGUCUUGGCCUUCAGUGAGACUGGGUCCGCCCUCCAAUGUUACCAAUGCCUCAUCAACCCGCCACCAGGCCACAACUACACGUCUACAUCGCGCCUGUGCGUGAACUUCGACCACUCCAACAAGUUCGUCGUGGACUGCCCCUACUCCACGAUGUGCAUGAAGCAAGACUUCCAUUUGGACAUUCAAAAUGGAGUGAGAAUUAGCGGCGUGCUACGAGACUGCGCACCGCAGACCAACAAGUAUCAAGACUACGAGAACGGGCGCUGGUCUCCCAAGGUCGAGAUCAUGGAGCCGUAUAAGGAGGGCUGCUUAGAAGUUGACGAUAAGGGCGAGAGGACGCCUUCCACUAGAUACUGUUAUUGUCGUGGUGACUUGUGCAACACGUCCAACACGAACCACGAAGGCUACACGGACAUCAUGGGUGUUAUACUCGUAUUUAAUCUUAUGAAAUACAUCAACAUGUCUUCUGGCAUCCGCUGCUACAGCUGCGAGGUAGAGCACACUACAGCGUACAACAAGGUAGCCAAGACAUUUCAAGCCACGCAGACGUGCGACCACUUCAACGGCAGCGACGACAAUGCCAUAGAUUGCCCGGAGUCAACCAUGUGCGUCAAGCGAGUGACUACGCAGGACAUCGGGCCAGAUCUUUCAACCAAAAGCGUCAGACGCGGCUGCGCCCCUCAAACCACUGAGGGCAUGCAAGAAAAAGUCGGCAGGCAUUGGAGGCCUGUGAACAAAAUCUACGAAGUGUAUGAAGAGGGUUGCAUUGACGACCCUAGUAACGAGCAUAAGCUUACUAAAACAGUGCUGUGUUACUGCAGGGGAGACCUGUGUAACAGUAGCGGGAAAAUAUCUAUAUUACCCGCUACUUUACUGAUAGCAUUAGGAACACUGUUCCUAUUUCGUCCGUGUACUUAAAAUUGUUUAUUUAUUUUUAAUUUAGAACACAAUAUUUUAGGUUAUUAGUUAGAAAUAGGCGAUACAGUAGGUAGAUAGUGGAGCAACUCAUAGCAAUUUGUCAGUUUUGAAUUUGCUUAAAGAACAACUAAAUUAAUGUUACUUACAAUUUAGUUAAGAAAGAUUAUAUAAUGUUAUUUGCCGAUUUCACGCACAUGAACGUUUCCACGUUACUAUUUUUUUUCCUAUUUUAUUCUGGUGUCCCACUGCUGGGCAAAGGCCCUUGAUCUCCACAUCUCCCGAUAUAGUGCUACUACUACGUUAUUAUGUUAUUAAUACUCAGUAACUCAAAAUGGCAAAAAUCUAGUUACUUUGUAGUGUACGAUUAUAAACCCAAUACAUAGUUUAUAAUUCAGUCCAGAAGAUAGGAGCAUUCAUAAAAAUAAUAUACUCGACAUUUAAUAUUUUAGAACUGUAUUAAAUACGGGUAAGGACAAGGCGCCAGUAGUUUUAAGUGUCAUAAAUAAGAAUUAUAUUCGUUCAAAGAACUAUCAUACUUAAUGUGCUUUUAAACUUUUUAUAGUAGAAUAAAUAAUAGAAUACAGGAAGAUUACGCACACAGAUCUUAAAAUACAAGGUCUCGACUUUUAAAACUUAAAUAUCCAGGCGUAAACGAGCUCUCAAUGGCAAAGCACUAAACUAAAUAAAUGUUAUGCUAUUCUUAUCUCGCUUGACAAGGUUUUAAGUGUAUUAAAUAUUAUUAUUGGUCAACCGUAUACCCGGAGGGUCAUCCGCAUUCGAGGGAAGCCAGUGCUGUCAAACUGGUUUAACUUGACAGACAUUCAGACGUACUCUAUGAGAGUAACCACUGAUGAAACUCACCUUAGUCGAUUUCAUGUUUAUUUUUAUAUUUAUGUUACCAAUAUCCAAUGUAAAAAAAACAUAUUAAUAGCAAAACAAAAAUAAUGUUAACGAUAAGUUUUAUACUGAUAUCCUAAAGUAGGACAAAUGAGGUAUGAAAAGUUAUUAUCUAAUGCAGGCGUAUUUAUGUAAAAAUAUGAUUGAGAAGAUAUUGUCAAGUAAAUACAACUGUAAGGUGUAAGUCCUAAAAAGUAUAACAUUUAUGAGUAAACGCGGGUAUCUCAAGAAGUACACGCCUGUAUUCUGUGAGUUUGCUAUUUCUAAUUUUGGAUACUAGUGUAAUUAUUUUAAUACCUUGGUGUUCAGAGUAGUUGUACAUGUUAUAUUACUCGUACAUUAUGCAUGAAUUUAAUGGGCUUUAAGUCCUUGACUUCGUGCAAAUCUAGAUAAUUACUAAAUUAUGUAAAUAAGGCUGUAGACUGUACUUGCGUGACUUGCAUGAUAUUUUUUGUAAUAUGUGAAAGGUAUGCAUCCCAUCACGCGAGUGUAAGAUAUCUAUAUUUUUUUCUUCUUUAGAAUGCAGUUAAAAAAAAACAAUUAGUCUAAGUCUUUGUAUUAGCUAAAGUCGUUGUCAAGAGUCAUGAAGUGAUAUACUAAGCUCUAUGAAUAAUUAUAAGAUAUAAAAUUGUAUGUUAUUUUAGCUACUGCCUGUAUAUGAGGAUUGGUCAUGUGACAUUCCUACUUUCGCAUUUAUUAUUUUAUUACUUACUGAUAAUUGUAAAAAUAUACCAAAGGCUAGUGCUGUAAUAUUAAAUUGUAUAAGAAUAACAUUAAAAGUAUAAACAA